AUGGAGCCAACUCUCCUUACAAUCGUGGAAAGGAAGAAAAUUAAACAAAGAUCGGUGCAAUGUCGACUUCAAGCAAUUGAGAAGGCUGUCAGAAAAUUAAAUGGAUGUAUUCGUCAAGUCGAAAAUUUAAAUCCAAGUGGUUCUUCCGAAAAAGAUAUCAUUGCACAAGCAAAAACUUUACUUAUGCAAGAUCCGAACUUUAAAAUAGGCUUUAAAUUUGAUCAUGUGUGGGAUAUGAUGAAAUAUUUUGAGAAGUUUAGCGAUGUUGAUUUUGGAAGAACAAAAGUAAGAAAGCAUGGCUCUACUUAUGUAUCAUCGGAGUCUGAGGCUCGUACUCCAUCUUCACCGUUGGUAUCGUUUCCUAACUUAUCAUCAUUUUCACUAAAGUUAAAUGAGGAUGUUGCAGGUGAGGCCACAUCAUCACAACGACUUAUUGGGGUAAAGAAAGCAAAAUUGAAGAGAAAAAUUGACGAAGAUUAA